AUGGCCGAUAAGGCUGUCUACCAGUACAACUUGACACAGUCUUGUGCUACCGGAAGCGGUGGGAGGAGACGGGUACAUAUUCUGUCACCGGUGCGAGGACGUUCUCGUAUCGGGGGUCAAUCUGCAGAUUCGUGUGCGGUACGAGAGCAAGGACGGAGUUCGGAAGCGGACGUUGCGCUACAGGUGUCUGGGGUGCAAGCACGAAAUGACGAAAGACGUGCUGGUGCAAGAAAAAGAGGCGGGCAAGGCUGUGGAACGAAACAGCGGCAAGGAGCGCGCGCGCAAGAGAAAGAAGAACAAUCUGAGCGAGCUGCUGAAAAACAAGCAGCCGAAACAGGCAAAAACGUUGGACCUGAUGGAUUUCAUGAAGAUGUAGAGAUGUGGGGGAGGAUUUCAAUAAUAGUGUACUGA